AUGGAUGUGAAUCUUCGACUGCAGGAUGAGGCGCUCAACUUCGACACAGAGCACAUACCUGUUCAGGACGCCCGCGGCCUGCAACCACUAGUCCAACCAGCCCUCACUGGCACUGCUUUUGACAUCGAUGACGAACCGUCAUUGCUUGACAAGCCAUCGGAUGCUUUGGCCUCCGAGGGGAUUUCCGGGGAGGUGGAGGACUUGAGGAUGGAGCUUGAGCUAGCUGUGGAGCCACCGCCUCCCCCCCCUGUGGACUACUUUCAGAGACAGUUCAAGAAUGCAAUCUUG